UGAAAAUGCAGAACUUUUGUUUCAUUAGUUUGUUGCUAGUUUUAGCACUUUGCAGCUGCACGACCAACAAACGAAUGCUCAAACUAGCGGCCGGAAACUGCAAGUCCAGCGAGGGAGCCACCGACGCCGACGUGGACAACCUUGCGGAGGGGCGACUUCCGGAGACGCAGGUGCAAAAAUGUCUGUACGCGUGUCUGCAGAAGCAGUUUGGGAUUUCCGACGGGAAGAAGUUCUCCAAGCAGGGAUUCCUGAAGCGAAGUAACGUUCUCGUUGGCUCCGGAGAUGCCAACAAGCGAAAGGCGCAGGAAAUUGCCGACGAAUGUGACGGAACUGCGAACGACGAUCGGUGCCAGCUGGGGGCGGACAUUGCCAAGUGUAUAAGGGAUGGACUGAUUAAGCGUAAGAAUCAAUAA